UCUCUUUUCUGGCAAAAAAGAACAUUUUUUCACCAUUCAGCUAACCACUGUUACCUUCUAUCUAGAUAUGAAGCUCAUUUGAAGCGAAACUUAUUGAUUUUCUAAAUGACCUUCCCUAUUCCACAGAUUUUGUGGAUAUAAAGCUGCAGGUUCAUCACUUCCAUCGUCACUUUAUUGGCUUAUGAAAUAGUGAGGGGUGGAUCUGACAGAGACUCUUGCUCUGUUAAACCUUAUACCACAAAAGAAGAAUGUCUUUCUGGCCAUCAGAUAGAAUGUCAAUCAAAUAUUUUAAGAUUCAAUGGUCAAUUUAAAAAUAAAAUAGCAAUUAGCAAUAGUCUAAAUAAUCUAUCUACUAGCAAUGUGAGACAAAAAUUAAAUUGUUCAAUUUCUAAGACUUCUAGCUCCCUCAAGUGGACAAAAUGAUAUAUUGCAGCUUCAAACGGAACCCUGCAUGACUAAAAAACACAGUAGAGUCUUGUGCUGAUUAUGUUAAUAACUUUCACAAAUUAUUUUGAAACGGACGAAUAAAACUCGCGUAUAAAUGUAUAAAUCACGUUUCAAACAUACUAUUUUCAAAUUUGUUGACGUGGGAAGCAAAGUAAAGAACAUUGACAACAGCUGAUCGAAUCAUCUUUGGAAUCUGCGCUGGAGGGAAGCAUCUUGAGGUUGUUUGUAUCUUUGGUUCAAUCAUUAAAUAGCCGUGAGUGUGACGUCACCGUCAGCCAGCGUCCAAACACUCGGAUUAAAUAUGGCCCCUUCACCUGCGCUGAAGUGCUGUAAACGGACUCUGAAUUGGAUACCUGUCUUUUUUAUUAACCUGGUCGUUGGCUGGUCUUAUUACGCUUAUGUUGUGGAGCUCUGUGUGUAUACAAUCUCGGACAAUGCGGAACGAAUCAGCUAUUUGAUCAUCUUUCACAUUUUCCUCUCCAUCUUUAUGUGGUCAUACUGGAAAACCAUCUGGUCCAAACCAGCCGGUCCCUCAGCCGCAUUCGCUCUGCCCCGAGCAGAGAAGGAACUGUACGAGAAGGAGCAGCGAGCUGAGAUGCAGCAAGAGAUUCUGAAGAGGGUGGGGAAGAAUUUACCCGUGUACACGCGCACAGCUGGAGGAGCCAUAAGAUACUGCGACUACUGUCAAGUAAUCAAGCCUGACCGCUGCCAUCACUGCUCCACCUGUGAAAUGUGUGUGUUGAAAAUGGAUCAUCACUGCCCCUGGGUGAACAACUGUGUUGGGUUCUCCAACUACAAGUUUUUUAUUCUGUUUUUAGCCUACGCUGUGCUCUACUGUGUUGUGAUUUGUGCCACAGUCGUCCAGUAUUUCAUCAAAUUCUGGACCAAAGAACUUCCUGACAUGCAUGCUAAAUUCCACAUCCUGUUCCUGUUUUUUGUGGCUGCUCUCUUCUUCAUCAGCAUAGUGUCACUUUUCAGCUACCACCUGUGGCUUGUGGGGAAGAACAGGACCACUAUAGAGGCUUUUAGAGCUCCUGUUUUUGCAAAAGGUCCAGACAAAAACGGGUUUUCUCUCGGCUUUAGAAGAAAUCUAGCAGAGGUGUUUGGAGACCGGGUAAAGUACUGGGUCGUUCCUGUUUUCUCCAGUCAGGGUGAUGGCCAUUCCUUUGUCACCAGACUGGUGCACAUAGAUCCUGAGCAAGCAAACAGCAUCCUCCAACAGAACGGCAAAAUCCCUGCUAAUGGAGAGAACAACCAGUGUGUGUCACAGUCAGAGGACAACAACAAAGAGAAAACUGACGGAGGUCAGACAGUCGCUGUGACGGUGGACAGCGAGCCUUAAAAG